AUGCUAGAAGGACUCCCUUCCCUGAGCGAUUCUCUCUACCUUCUCAACGCCGUCAAAUUCCAUUCGUAUCAUAUGCUAUUUCUCUUUGAUGAGGAUGAAUUUGUGCCUCAUUUGCAUGAGCUUUACGAAAGGGGAAUUGAGAAAGCCAAGGAAAUACCUUUAGGGGGUCACAGGACACCUCCCGGAGCAGCAUUCUUCGAGCGCGCAAUGUCCCUCAUGCCAGAUUUUUUGGGAUUACAUCGCCAUCCUAAUCUAGGAAUGCAAGUCCUGUAUCUGACGGGAUUUUAUCUGAUAUCAGUGGAUAUGAAGGAUGGCGCAUAUGCUUACAUAGGUCAAGCUCUACGGAUGUGCAUUAUUGAGGGUCUGUAUCGAGACUCUCCUGAUGACUUCUUCGGGAUCAAGUUCGCAAACCAAUGCCGAAAUAUUUGGUGGACAAUGUACAUACUCGAGCGCCAGAUUUCGGCCAUGAUUGGGGCUCCCUGCUCUGUUCAAGAUGCUGAGGUUACGUGCUCUCUGCCUGUGGCCUACGAUAACUCGGAAAUGGCUCGCGUUCUGACCAUGCACGCUAAAUUCAUCUUGAACUCUGUUUAUACGGCGGACAUUCGACGACGACGGACCUUCAUAUCAACCGUGCAAUUGGUCAUCAGGGAUAUGGCGUAUAUUCUGCGGGACCUUGAUUAUCUCUUUACAAACACGGCACAUCCAUCUCUGCGUACAGUCUCAACUAUGUCGAGCCAUCUGUAUCUGAGGUACCAUCAGAAUGUUCUCCCUCCCCUCCCCGAAGUCUAUCAAAUUCUCUGUACCCUCUCGCGCUCAGAAUGCCGUCACUUCCUCAGCGUCCUCACAGCCGCCCUGAACCUCUUCUCAACAGAGGCCACAACCUCCCAGGAUGAAAAGCUCCUCCACCAACCCCUGCGCAGCGACAUCGUCAACAAAAACAAAGACACAACCCUGUUCAUGCCAUGCUCGGACACUAACAACACGGGCAUCAAAAUCAUCACACUGCCCGCGAAGCAGGGUACCGCAGGCGUGAACCUCGUCUUCUCGCCGACAGGACAAAUGCUCGGUCUUGUUGGCGCGUCGCAGAUUACUGCUUUCCGCACCGCAUUGGCAACGAUGUACCUAUUCGUACGGGUCUCUCAUAUCCCGAAACGACGGAUCAAGGUAAGACGAAAGAGAUUGGAUGAACUUGAGAAGGGUGUGCUGAGUGGGCUACGUCCGGUCAAUGAAAAUGUGGCGUUCCGACUUAUCGCGAAGGAAGACACCCCUGACUACGAAGGCGUGCUGCAAGAGGAGCUGGGCGCCUCCGAUGCGAUCUUCUGCUGCACCCCGUCCACAGAGCCCCUGUUCUCUUUCUCCGCGCUUAAGAAGUCUCCCAAAAGUCGGUUUAUUUCGCUGAUUGGGUCGUACAAACCGCAUAUGAUGGAGAUCGAUACGGAGACUCUACUGUCGGGAGGAGGUAAGGUAUUUGUGGAUACGAAGGAAGCGUGUCUGGAAGAGUCGGGAGAGCUGAUUGAUGCAAAUUUAACGGAGAAAGACCUGAUUGAGAUCGGAGAGCACCUGGGUAAUGGGGGAUCAGUUUAUCCUGAAGGAAAUGUCGUGUUGAAGUGUGUUGGCAUGGGAUUGAUGGACCUUGUUAGUAGUCGAUUGGCGCUAGAUCUGACAGGGAAGAAGGGCCUGGGACAGGAGGUUCACGGAUUCUAG